GUUUUGGCAGGAAAAUUGAAACCAAACCUUGGCCGAUAUGAGCGCCCUCCAGAUUGGGAAGAAAUCCUUGCCCAUUUUAGGGGCUCUGAGCUGCAGAACUAUUUCACCAAAGUGUUGGAAGAUGAUCUUCGCGCCAUCAUCAAGCCCCAAUAUGUUGACCACAUCCCCAAGGCUGUGAGGGGAACCGUGGGCGAUGUCCUGGAAUCAAAGGAUCAGAGGGAAACCCGGGAACACCUGCAGACACUGCUGGACCUAGACCAGGUCAUUGGCAACGAUGUUGCCACGCUGUCUGGAGGUGAACUACAGAGAUUUGCAAUCGCCGUUGUUGCUGUGCAAAAGUGCGAUGUAUACAUGAUGGACGAACCGUCAUCCUACCUGGAUGUAAGGCAGCGUCUGAAAGCCGCCAGGGUCAUCAGAGAGCUGCUGGCAAAUGACAAAUAUGUCAUCGUUGUGGAGCACGACUUGAGUGUGCUGGACUAUUUGUCGGAUUUCAUUUGCUGCCUGUAUGGCAACCCAGGGGCAUAUGGCGUGGUCACUCUGCCUUUUGGAGUGAGGGAAGGAAUAAACCAUUUCCUUGCUGGCUACAUUCCCACAGAAAACCUGCGUUUCAGAGAGGAGUCACUGACGUUCAAAGUCACGGAGCAGUAUGCUGGAGAUGAGGACAACAAGAAGUUCCUGCGAUUCAAAUAUCCCGACAUGAACAAGUCACAGGGAAUAUUCAAGAUGCAUGUAGAAGCGGGCGAGUUUACAGACUCAGAAAUCAUAGUAAUGCUGGGUGAGAAUGGCACUGGCAAGACCACUUUCAUCCGCAUGCUGGCAGGUAUGCUGAAGCCCGACGACGCCUUGCAUGUUGAGAUGCCUGAAUUCAAUGUCAGCUACAAGCCCCAGAAGAUCUCUCCUAAGUUCCAGGGCACUGUGAGGGAGCUGCUGCACAAGAAGAUCCGGGACAGCUACCUGCACCCACAGUUCAACAGCGAUGUGCUGAAACCGCUCCAGAUGGAUCAACUCAUCGACCAGGAGGUUCAAAAUCUAUCAGGUGGGGAACUGCAACGCGUAGCGUUGACACUCUGCCUGGGUCAGCCUGGCGAUCUCUAUCUAAUCGACGAGCCCAGCGCCUACCUCGACUCGGAGCAGCGCAUCCUUGCUGCUAAGGUCAUCAAGCGGUUCAUCAUGCACUCGAAGAAGACUGCCUUCAUCGUUGAGCAUGACUUCAUCAUGGCCACGUAUCUGGCAGAUAGAGUGAUUGUGUAUGAGGGGCAGCCAUCAGUGGAGGCCACUGCACGAUCGCCGAUGUCCCUGCUGUCGGGCCUGAACCUCUUCUUGAAGAACUUGGACAUUACGUUCCGGCGAGACUCCACCAACUUCCGCCCCCGGAUCAACAAAUUCGAUUCCACCAAGGAUCGUGAACAGAAGUUGGCCGGGACGUUUUACUUCCUGGAUGACUGA